AUGCGUAUAACCUCUCUCUCCUGUGAUGCUAAACCAGGGUCAACUUCAUUCCCUUUCUUCUUCCUCCUCGCAUUGCGCAUGCCCUCUCAGUCAUAACAAUGUCUCUUUCGCAUGCCCCCUCUCUCUUCUAGAUCUCAGACAACAUUUGACAAAGAAAAGUCAACGCUCUCCAUAUUCUCCUUGCUUGUAUCGAAUCUAGUUAGAAGAAACUGAUUCAAUCUCUCUUCUCACUACAUAUAUGUGUAUAUAUAUAUAUAUAUAUAUCUAAUUAUUUUCACAGAUUUAUAUGUAAUUCAGUUCAUUCCUUCAUCAUGUUGAAGGAGAUUCAAAGAAGAGUCAAAACCACCAAUAAUUCCCCAAAACCUCACAAAUUCCAUAAACCUUCACAACCACCAAGAAUUUCAGUUUCAAUGUCCUUUACUUCAAUGUCUUUGUUUUGUCUCAUUUUCAUGUUAUCAUUCAAUGCCAUUUGUGGCAGUGCUACCAAGCCUAUCAUUCUACAUGAAUCCCUCAAAAAACCAACCUUUCCUUUCCUCUUCCCCAAAGCCAAAUCCUCUGUCCUCCCUGACCCAUCCCUUUUCUUCUCCCCUCACCUCCUCUCAACCCCUUUGCCCACAAACUCAUUCUUCCAAAACUUUGCCCUCAACAGAACUGCCCAACCUGAAUACAUCCACCCCUAUCUCUUCAAACCUUCUCUCUCCUCACUUUCUCUCUCCUACCCAUCUCAGUUCUCCAACUCUUCCAUCAUAUCCCAAAUUUUUAAGGCUGAUCUCACCAUCUCUGAAUCAAAAAACAAUAACAAGAAAAACCAUUCAAACCAUGUAAUCUCUUCAUACAGUGAUCUUAGUGUCACCUUAGACAUUCCCUCAAGCAAUCUGAGAUUCUUCCUUGUCAGGGGAAGCCCUUUCUUGACCUGUUCCGUCGCAAAAAGGACUGAGCUUUCCAUUUCCACCAUUCAUACCAUUCUUCGUUUAUCUUCAAAUAGUGCUCUAACCAAACACGCCAUCAAGCUUAAAAAUAAGCAGACUUGGCUUUUGUAUAGUUCUUCACCAAUCAAAUUGAGUACUAACAAGUCCGUGAUAACUUCUGAUGGGUUUUCCGGCAUCAUUCGGAUUGCCAUCUCGCCGGAUUCCGACGACGAACCAAUCCUUGACCGGUUCAGUUCUCGCUAUCCGGUAUCCGGAAAUGCCAUAUUCACUAAACCAUUUCAGUUGGAGUACAAAUGGGAUAGUGAAGGUAAUGGAGACUUGCUCAUGCUUGCCCAUCCUCUUCACAUUCGGCUUCUUUCGGCCAAUGAUUGUAAAAUCACUGUUUUGAAGGAUUUCAAGUACAAAAGCAUUGAUGGUGAGCUUGUUGGCGUUGUUGGAGAUUCAUGGGUAUUGAAAACUGCCCCAAUUCAGGUAACAUGGCAUUCCAUUAAAGGGGUAAAAAAAGAAUCCUAUCCUCAGAUCAUUAAUGCACUCCACAAAGAUGUGAAAAGUCUCCAGACACUCAAUUCAACAACAUUAGGCUCAUCAUCUUAUUUUUAUGGGAAAAGGGUUGCGAAAGCCGCGAGGUUGGCAUUGAUUGCUGAAGAGGUGAGUUAUCCCAAGGUGAUUCCUGCAAUCCUGGAUUUCUUGAAGGAGAAAAUUGAGCCAUGGUUAGAUGGAACAUUCGGCGAAAAUGCUUUCUUGUAUGAUGAGAAAUGGGGUGGACUUGUUACCAAGCAAGGAUCCAAUGACACUACGGCUGAUUUUGGUUUUGGAAUAUACAAUGAUCACCAUUUCCAUUUGGGUUACUUUCUUUAUUCAAUUGCAGUGCUUGCAAAGAUUGAUCCUGCUUGGGGGCAAAAGUACAGGCCUCAAGCUUAUUCACUUGUAACAGAUUAUAUGAACUUGGACACGAGAGCAAAUUCGAAUUAUCCUCGUUUGAGAUGCUUUGAUUUGUGGAAGUUGCAUUCUUGGGCUGCAGGGCUGACUGAGUUCCCAAAUGGGCGAAAUCAGGAGAGCACAAGCGAGGCAGUGAACGCGUACAAUUCAGCAGCGUUGUUGGGGUUGGCCUAUGGUGACACCAAUCUUGUUGCCACUGGAUCGACACUCGAGGCAAUGGAGAUUCAGUCAGCUCAAACAUGGUGGCAUGUGAAAGAGGGCAGCGAAAUGUAUGCGAAAAAAUUCACCAAGGAGAACAGGGUGGUGGGCAUUUUGUGGGCUAAUAAGAGGGACAGUGCACUUUGGUUUGCUCCACCAGAAUGGAGAGAGUGUAGGCUGGGAAUUCAGUUGUUGCCAAUUCUGCCAAUCAGUGAGGUCUUGUUCUCUGAUGCUGAGUAUGCCAAAGAGCUUGUGAAAUGGACACUGCCAGCUUUGAAAAGGGAAGGAGGGGUUGAAGAAGGGUGGAAGGGGUUUUUGUAUGCCUUGCAAGGGAUUUAUGACAAUGGUGGUGCUCUGCAUAACAUUAAGAACUUGACUGGAUAUGAUGACGGAAACACGCUUUCGAAUCUUCUGUGGUGGAUUCACAGUAGAGAUGUGAAGAAGAUUGAUGUGAAGACCAAGUGAGAGUGUUCUUGUAUGAUCAAUGGAUUCACUAAAUUAAUAUAAUAGCCUCGUGACUUCAGUGGUCUAGUUGGUAGAGAGCUCAGCUCCCCGAGCGAUUUUACCCAUAUUCGGGUCGCCUUGACCAAAGCGUUGUUUUGGUAUGCAUGUGAGACAGGCUCAUUAUGUAUUUUAGUUUUUAAAAUUUAUCCUGAUUGUGCUUCCUCCUCCUA